CGCCUCUUUUUUUUGGCUCUGAUCGCUGGCCCAGCGGUCGUCCAGGCGGCUAAAAGCCUAUUAUUUGUGCCCACGCGUAUCCCAGCUAGCUGCGCGCGCUGCACAUUUGCCCGACGCCCACCAAUCGAGCACCAGAGAGGCUGCUCUCAGCCUGCUCCGAUUUGCAAAAUCGGGGCGAACGAAUCAUCGGAGGCAAGUGCUACGCCUGAAGAAAGCACAGCCAUGGUCAAAUGGGUCGUAGGAGAUUCGGUCGACUACGAGGUGAACGGCACCUGGUACCCGGGCUACAUCGCGCGCAGCGACUCGAAGAAGCUGUACUUCAAGUACGAAGCGUCGAAGUUCAAGAGUUACGAGGAGCCCAUCGACAAGGCGAGCCGCGACGAUCUGGCGCGGCUCCGCGCGGGAUCGGGCAGCGGGCCCCCGGCCGCCGCCAAAAAGAAGAAGCCGGCGGCCAAGAAGUCGUACGAGCUCGGCGUCCGUGGCGCGAUUGUCGUCGCAUCGAUGGCGUCGACCGGUCCCCGACGCAGGCCCGCGAAGAAGCCGGCGCGCAAGCCCGCAGCCAAAUCUCCGGUGAAAAAGAAGACCGUCGCGAAACCCGCGGCCCGGAAACCCGCGGCUAAGCCCGCCGCCAAGAAGUCGUGCGAGCCCGGCGUCCACCGCCGCGCCGUCGCCGCGGCGCCACGCGAAACCCCGGCGCAGGCCCGCGAAGAAACCGACCGCCAAGAAGUCGCCCGCCAAGAGGAAGUCGCCCGCCCGCAAGAAAAAGAAGUA